AUGUUAGUCACACAGACACCCUCCUCGACGGACAAUCUGCCGAAUAUGCUGCCGGUGCUCGAGGAGGAGACGGAUGUCGACGUCGACGACGCAUUCCCGCCACACGUCGACACGACGAACAUCGUCAUACAGCCGGAGUCGCCCAGCAGCAAGAAGCAAACGCUGAAGACCUUCAACGAGGUCAACGCGCUUCUCCAGGCCGGCAGGAAGAGGGAGGCUAAACUGAUCAUAAGGGAGAACGCGUGGCCAUUGAACAACGGGAUCAGGGCGCAAUUGUGGCCAGCCCUUUGCAACCAGCACGCACAUGGGAAAAACAUGCUCGAUGGAUUCUAUUGGGACAUGGUCAAUCAAGUAUUCGGAACUACAGAGCUGCCGGAGAAAUCAAUCAUGCUACCACCGUUCGUGGACAGCACUCAUUGCCUGUCGUACCACCUGACGAGGAAAGGCAGGAGCGUUGCCGACAGGGUUGUGUCUGUCCUGGGAUACGCUUGCCCUGACAUUACUUACAGCCCUUCUCUUUAUCCCAUCACGGUUCUCCUACUUCACUUUAUGCCAGAGGAGGAGUGUUAUCAUUGUAUGGCCAGCUUGGUCGCUGCUAAGGACAAGAUGUUCAUUACGCAAACAAAACUUCUCUACGAGGUCACCUGGAAAACCGUAGAGCAAAUCACUAAGAAGCAUGUGAAAUCAGCAGCGGUACAUUUGGCGAGGCACUGUUCUGGAGCAAGAGCAGAAAGAAUUUACAUGGAUUGGAUGUGGUGGAUUCUGCAGCUUCUUCCUUUUCAACAUCUAGUCAGGGUUAUGGACUGUUUUCUUCACGAAGGCAUUAAGGUUUUCUAUCGAGUUGCAAUGGCUAUAGUUUUAUUAUUCUAUAAGCAUUCGUCGCUACAAAACUCUGAAUGGAUGAACGAAAUUUCCAAGAACGGUAUUGACGCUGCUCUCUCGAAGUUCUGCAGGCAAAUGCCGGUAACGCCAGCCAAAUUUUUACGUACCGCAUUUGGAAUACGUGGACUCAGCUCAGCAUACAUAUCAAGGGUAUUUUUACGCACAGAAAUGGCUCUAAAAAGUAGAAGCGUUUUAACGGGAUCUAAAUCAUUGGCUAGAUCAAGAUCGACAGACAAUCUGCCAACGAGUCAGUCUCAAGUCAACAUUCAGAUGAUGUCGCAUACGCUCACGAUACGAGAAGUAUGUUAUCCAUAUUCCUCUUCCUUUAAAGAUGGUUUGUUCACGUUAUGGUCCUGGCUGCCUAUGCGGAUCACCAUGUAUCAACCAAUUCUAUUGUAUACAACAGAGGAGCAUGGUUGUUCUUUGACAACGUUCUAUGUAAGAGUAGAGCAACAUGAACCAACUCUUCUAAUGAUAAAAACAUGUAACAAUGAAGUAUUUGGUGCUUAUUGCUCCACAAGAUGGUGUGAACGUAAUUUAAAAAAUGAUAAAGGACAAAGACAAGCCUAUUUCGGAACGGGUGAAACUUUCCUAUUCAGCUUGUAUCCUGAACGAGCAAAAUAUCCUUGGAUUGGUAUGGACUCUUCGCACAAUGAUUCUAAAGUUCAUCAUUCAGCUGAACUGUUUAUGGCCGCAGAUUCCAAAAUGAUAACAAUUGGGGGAGGAGACGGUCAGGCGAUAUGGAUGGACGAAAAUAUAAGAUACGGUAAAACAGAUCGGUGCUCUACAUUCAAUAAUCCACCUCUUUGUGCCAGUGGCGAUUUCGAGAUUAGAGUAUUAGAAGUAUAUGGAUUUGCCGGUGCUUAA